GUUUUUUGCUCUGACUUCCCUUCGCUUGCUGUUCCUGGUUGCCUUUAGCCUCAUGGUGGUAGUUUGUCUAGAUCAGUGGAAGGGCAAAAUCUGGCCUGAAAUUGGAGUGGCGAGACCUGACGAAUUAGACAAUGAGAGCUGGGGAUACGUUCACCCUCGGCUGCUCGGAGUGCCAGAACUCUGUCACCAUUUGGCUGAAGCAUGGGUGGCUGUGACCAGCUUCUUCAGCAAUCUCUUCAUUUUCAAGAGGCAAAGCCCUGGAAAGUUUUGCCUCCUAGUGUGUGGAGUCUUCACUUUCCUGGCUGUCCUGGGCCGGUAUAUCCCUGGCCUUGUGCUCUCCUACCUGCUGUUGCUCUUCAUCCUGCUGUGGCCCCUGGCUGUGUACCACAGACUGGGGCAGCGCAUGUACAUGAAGCUGGAGCCAGCUCUGCAGCGGCUGGAUUUCAGCGUUCGAGGCUACAUGAUAUCAAAGCAGCGAGAGAAGCAACUGCGUAGCCGAUCCCUUUAUCAGGAGGCUGUGGAUGAUGCGAGUGACAGCGAAGAGGAGCUUGCUGCAUUCUGUCCCAAGCUGGAUGACUCUGUGGUCGCUAAGGAACUAACCAUCUCUGAUUCGGAGCAUUCGGAUGCUGAGGUUUCCUACACUGAGAACGGGAUGUUUAACCUUUCGAGGGGCCAGACUCCCCUGACAGAGGGAUCAGAAGACCUGGACGGUCACAGUGACCCAGAAGAAUCUUUUGCCAGGGAUCUCCCCGACUUCCCUUCGAUAAACCCGGAAGCAACUGGCAUAGAUGACGAAGAUGACACCAGCAUUGGGAUCCCAAGCCUGGCUUACCGCCCACAGGUGAUGACAGAAGAUCUCCAUCUCCCUUACGACCAGGAAGAGUCGGGUGCGCUGCCAUCUGUACAGACUCUGACUAACAACAUAGCCGGGUUUGUCACCAGGGGGAUGAUACAGCUGGCACUGUCAGGAGCCCCGCAGCCAGGCUCCUCACGCGGUGACAAUCCCCAGAGAGGUGCAAAGACUUAUCUUAGAACAGCCAGCUCGGACUUGGACACUGAUGCGGAAGGGGAUGACUUUGAACUGCUGGAUCAGUCCGAGCUGAACCAACUGGAUCCUGCUGGCUCACGGGGCCAGUGAGCAGUCCCACCACUUCCCUCUGGUUUUCUGUCGUGCAUCCUGGAGGGGAAUCCUGGAAGGAAAAGCCGUGCACAGUUACCUAGAUCGUCUCCUGUGUGAGUAUGAGUGACGUGACAGCCAGUCCUGGCUGGGAACACCACUGUGACUUGUGACUCUGUAGCCUCGCUUGGAUUUUAAAUAAACUCCACUGGUAAUUCAUAGGGAAAAGGUGUUGAUGUGAUAGCUCCACAGUCA